UUUGUUUGGAGGGCGGAGGCGUCUAAAAGAUUGAAAAAACCUUUGGUGUUGAAUGUAACAGUCUGUACUUCUGUUAAAUGUCCACCAGAUGGAGCCACAAUCUUUUCUAAAUACAUAUCUUACCAUAAAAAAUAUAUAAACUUAACGUGAAUAAAGUUUUAAAAUAAUAUUUAAUAAACAGUGACUAAAGACCUGUGACCCGAUGUGGAAUAAUUGAUUCGGAGAACAUACAUGGUGGAUAUUGGCAUGUCAUUUAACUCAGACAUGUCAAAGAAAGCUUUCAGUUGAGGAAACUCUCUCUCUCUCUCUCUCUUUCACUCUCCUAGUAUCUUUCUCGGUCUCUUUUUCUCUCUCUCUACUCAGAGUAUCGAGGUAUUGCGCUCGACAGAGCAUCUUACCACCUUUGAGUGACUCUCGCUGAUUCUGCUGUUAAAUUCAGGAAUAUUAUAAGCAUCUCGCUGAAUGUUCUCGCUGACCUGAAAGAGAUCAGAAAGAACAGAAAGACCGGAGGAGUUUUACUACAAUGAAACGCAAACUGAUGCUGAUGCUGCUCGCGCUCGGGCUGUCCUGCGUGCGCGCGCACAGAGUGAAUAAGCACAAGCCGUGGAUCGAGACCUCGUAUCAUGGCGUCAUCACAGAAAACACAGAUGAGGUUCUGCUGGAUCCUCCUUUAGUGGCUUUGGAUAAAGAUGCACCAGUUCCAUAUGCAGGAGAAAUCUGUGGUUUCCACGUGCAGGGCCUCAGCGCUCCAUUUGAGGCUGUGCUUCUGAACGGGACUUCCGGAGAGGGCCGGCUGCGGGCACGAGGGCCGAUCGACUGCGAACGACACCGAGAAUUCAGCUUCAUCAUUCAGGCUCACGACUGUGGCACAGGACCACAGGGCCACGGACAGAAGAGAUCGCAUAAGGCAGCGGUGCGUGUGCAGGUGGGAGAUGUGAAUGAGUUUUCUCCAGUGUUUGGUCAGCUGGAGUAUCACGGCUCAGUGACGGAGGGUAAAGUGUAUGACAGUAUCCUGCAGGUUCAGGCAUCAGAUCAGGACUGUUCUCCACAAUAUAGCCAAAUCUGCAACUACCAGAUCACCUCGCCGGACACAGCCUUCGCUGUGGAUCGCAACGGAAACAUCAGGAACACUGAGAGUCUGAGCUUUGAGAAGAAAUCGCACUAUAAGAUUCGUGUGACGGCACUGGAUUGUGGUCAGAAGAGAGCGAUGCAGGAAGCGAUCGUGCACAUCCAUGUGAAGCCCAUCUGCAAACCUGGAUGGCAGGGCUGGAGGAAGCUUGUUGAUUAUGAGCCAGGAGCAGGCAGUAAGCUCUUAUUUCCCAAGAUGCACCUGGAGACGUGCGAGGGAUCGGUGUCCUGGAUUCGGACCACAGUGGAGCUGGAGACGAGUGGUGUUGGACGCGGCUGCGACUCGGAGAGAUCCUUACAGAAGCUCUGCGGAUCUUCAUCGGGCAGCACAGCUCUUCUUCCGGCCACUGGUGGAGUAUGUAACUGGACGGUGACUCUCGUGAGAGACAGCGGGCGGGACAGUGACCUCGCAUACCGAUUUGAUGGACACCAAGCAGCCAAAAUCCCAGACUGGGUCGUCCCGCAAAAUCUAACCGACCAGUUCACCAUAACCACAUGGAUGAAGCACGGGCCGAGUCCAGGACAGAGAGCCGAGAAAGAAACACUGCUCUGCAACUCUGACAAAACUGAGAUGAACAGACACCAUUACUCUCUGUAUGUGCAUAACUGCAGGCUGGUGUUCCUGCUGAGGACGGACUACACGCAGACCGACUCCUUCAGACCUGCAGAGUUUCACUGGAAACUAGAGCAGAUCUGUGAUAAGGAGUGGCAUUAUUACGUCCUGAGCGUUGACUUUCCAGUGGUGACUCUGUAUGUGGAUGGCGUGACGUACGAGCCGUAUCUGGUAACAGACGACUGGCCCAUUCACUCCUCUCAGAUCGACGUGCAGCUCACAGUUGGAGCCUGCUGGCAAGGUGGAGAGGUCUCUAAAGCAAAGUUUUCACAGUAUUUUCGAGGCAGUUUGUCUGGACUGACGAUACGACCGGGAAAAAUCGAAAGCCAGAAGAUCAUCUCCUGCCUACAGGCCUGCAAAGAAGGACUAGACAUCACAUCUCUGGAAAACCUCGGACAGAGAAUCAAGUUUCACCUGAAUCCGGCUCAGUCUGUGCUGGUGAUGGAGGCUGAGGAUCUGGAGCAGAUGAACGGCGCGCUGAGGAAAGUUUCCUACAUCAACUCUCGGCAGUUUCCUACUAUGGGCUCUCGUCACCUCCGCAUUUCCACCGCAGUGCAGUGUUUUGGAGAGGAUGUGUGUAUUUCUGUCCCUGACAUUGAGGUGGUUGUCAUGGUAAUGCAGCCCAGUGAAGCACGCAUCACAAUCACUGGGGCGGAGCAUCUCACAAUCCCCGCCUACGACCUUGCCCUCGGCCUAUCGCUGUUCAGAGAUUUGCAUAUCAUCAGCACGGUUACCAAAAGGGACAAAGUGACAAACAUGGAUCACAGGUCAAGUGCAAAGGAAACUGCUCAUAAUCUGGAUUACUGUGACAUCUUGGUAUUGGGGGAGGAGUUAAGGGCGGGGCUAGAGAGUCUGGAACUGCAUCACAGUGCCUUAUUGGGAAAACACCUGGAAUACGCCAACUCCAGCACCGGCAUGUCCAUAUAUGGUGUGGACUCUAUUUCUCACUACACUGAGGUGAUCAGACAGGUGCGAUAUCAGAGCCGUCGUGCUGUCGAUUCAGUCCGCACCUUCAGACUCACCUGUUCAGAACUCAACGGACGAUACACUAGCGAUCAGUACACAUUACAGGUCAACAUCCUUCACAGUGAGGAGGCCAGAGAACAUGUCAAUCAUUUGAUGACCCCACCCAAAUCUAUGCAAAUUACUCAUCGUACAGUCAUGGAGUCUAACAACUACUUCAACUUAGUUGUGCCUGCUGUUUCUACAUCAGUGGUUGUGGUGUGCAUCGCCGCCCUGCUGGUGGUUCUGCUGGGCGUUUACCAGCUCAACCAAACACAAAACAAAGACAGCAUCCAAACACACACACUGGCAGAGGAACAAGUGGACUGUGAAGGCUCUUCUCUCUCCAUCACUGUCAACCCACUGCAGAAUUGUCAGGAGCUUCAGUCAGCAGAAGUUACAGAGGAGGAGGAGGAUGAAGAAGACUGCGCUAUCUCUAGCACUGAAUCCGACAGCGAUGAGGAGGAAACAGACACACCUUUUACACAUCGACAAACCAAGCAGCAAUGGGGGAAAGCAACAUUACACUGCUGAAAAACAUCACAAUGCUCUCUACCUGUAGCAUUACAGCGUCCUGCAAUACAAGUUUACAAGCAAACACACACAUACACACACAGACAUCCUCAGAAAAGACUCGACGCGGCACUGAUCCUUCGUGGUACUGUUUCAGUUUGAGAUGAUGACAAACUAAUAAUAAAAAAAAACAUCCCGUCUGAUCCCUUUACGCUCUGUCUCUACCGCUGGAGGACAAUAACAAAGCAGGAGACUGAAGCAGCGGUGAAACUCUGAAUGCUCAUAAAAGCAGCCGCCGGUUCGGGCUUUUGAUAUAAGAGAGUUUCUUUUUUUUUUUUUUUUUGAGGCCUCUACGGUGGAUCUCAUUGGAUGGGAAAUGAUCAUGCUAACAUUAACGUCCUGAAUUUUAGCUGUAAUGAGAACACUUUUUGACAUGAUUCAUUCAGUGCUGGGUAGAUAACUGUAAAAAAACCUGUGUUGUUACUGAUUACAAUGCAUAAUUGUUGUAGGUAAUCUACAUUACACAUUUUUUUAAUUUUUGUGCUGUUGGGGAUGUUUUCAUCCACUCUAGGGUGAUUUUGUGGGUCAAUUUUCCACAACUAGUGAUGUACGGAUCACAAAUCUCACAGUUCGGAUCACAUUAUGGUUUUUUAGUCACGGAUCGGACUAUUUUUCGGAUCAGC